ACCAGACCUCCAAGAGGCGUGCAUCGCCAACUAAAACACCACAUCGACUCAGCAUAACAAAACCCGAGGAAAUAAACCACGUCUGAGCUCAAAAAUAAUACCGCGACGGCCAAACGCGCACCACCAUGGCCUCAAAAGACGACCUCAAGGCCCACGCGGCCUCCAAUGAAGACUUCUACGCCCUCCUCGAUAUCUCCCCGGCCGCUGCAGAAUCAGAAAUUCGUCGCGCCUACCGCCGAACCGCUCUGAAGUACCACCCAGAUAAGAUCGCGAACCCCACACCUGCAGACAUCGACAAGUUCCAUACGCUCCAGAUCGCCUACGAUGUUCUUUCCGAUCCGUCGGUGCGGCAGCUCUACGAUAAUGCGCGGGAGGCGCGCCAGCGCAAACAGCGCGAGCGGGAUAUGAUGGAUGCUGCGAAGAGGAAGAUGAGAGAGGACUUGGAGGCUAGGGAGCGCGCGGGGGCUGCGGCGAUGGGUGGCGCUGGUGCGCAACGCGGUGUGAAGCGGCCGUGGAUGGGGGGCGGCGCUGAUGACGAUGCUGAAGCGAAGCUGCAGAGGGAGAUUGAGCGGAUUGCCGAGGAUGGACGACGGCGGCGACGUGAGGCGGAGGAAAAACUGAAGCAGGAAAUGGAGGAGGAGGAAAAGCUCAUGCGCCAGGAGGAAGAAGAGGCGCAACGGGCGGCGGACAGGAGUAGUCAGAAGGUUGAUCGCUCGAAAGAGGGUGGCACGAAUGUUCCGGAACUAGAACGAGGUGUCAAGGUGCGUUGGGUACGUGAAGGACGCGGGCUGGACCUGGAUAAAGAUCGGUUGAUCUCUCUAUUCUCGUCUUACGGCGAGAUCGAGAACAUCCUGCUCCUCAAGGACAAACGACAACGUAUCGGAGACAACCGCGAGAAGAAGACGGUUGCGACAGCUGUGGUGAUAUUCGCUUCCAUCGUCGGCGCCCACUUUGCUGUUCUGAACAGUGAGAAGAGGUUGCGUCAGAGUGUUGGGCAAGCGGACAGCGAGUGGUCUGUCAUCGAAUCUGUCUUCUGGGCAUCUGGCAGCCAACCCGACCUGAGCGUUGCAGCCAACGCCUAUUCUACUGCUUCCACUCCCCUGGAACAGGGCAUCGCAGCACCCAACUCUUCAGGUCCAGUUCCUCCCGCUGCCCCUCCCAAACCAUCUUUCAACUUUGCUGGUUUGAAGUCAGCAGCGUCUGAUACUGCUGAUAAGAAACCCGGAAAAGCACCAUCCUUCGGUUCCUUUGCUGCUGGCGCGGCGUCAAAGUCGGCGCAAUCUGCGCCUGCUGGCUCGGCCAACGGCUCGAGCGCCCCGAGUAUGGCGGAGCUGACGCUGAUGCGGUUGAGAAAUGCGCAGCGGGAGAAGGAACGCAAGGCCCUUGAAGAGCAGCUUAGGAAAGAAGAUGAAGCUGCAGAUGCAGCUGAGGCUGAAGCCAAGGUAUAGAUGCGAUAUAUUUUCAAUGACUCGAGGCCAUGGUGCGCAUUUACAAAGGCGUUACAUGGUCGGAUGAACUCAACGGCAGCAUAAGUGCUGCGCUAUGUAUUCUUAGACACUUCAUUCAAGCAUAGAGAUACCCUCACGUUUUGUACUAUCAACUACUUGCGUUUUCGCUAAAUGAGACUUGAAGAUAUGGUAUUUACCGG